AGGGUAGAGAGAAGGAUCAGGAAGGCCUUCAGACCGGCCAAAGGAGGGGGAAGUCUUGCAGCUUUCAGGCUCCGAAUGGAGAAAGGAGAAGGAGAUGGAAGAGAAGGACCCAGAAGGCUCUAGACCUGGCAAGACAUCAAGGAAGGGUCCCCAUCCCAUCCAGGCAGGAAGUGGUGCUGGAUUUUGGGAAAGAGCUGUGCCAGAGAUCUUGGCUGAGGGCACUGUGGCCUCAGAUGUACGCAGGCGAUGCUUCCGGCAGUUCUGUUACCAGGAGGCUGAUGGGCCCCGAGAGAUUUGCAGCCGGCUCCAUGGACUUUGUAACCAGUGGCUGGAGCCAGAGAAGCGCACCAAGAAGCAGAUCUUGGACCUGGUGAUCCUGGAGCAGUUUCUGGCCAUCCUGCCCCAGGAAGUGCAGGGCUGGGUCAGAGGAUGUGGGCCAGAGACCAGUUCCCAGGCAGUGGCCCUGGUUGAAGGUUUCCUUCUGAGUCAGGCAGAGGAGAAGAGACAGGCACAGCAGGUGUGGGGAGGAUCUGUGAAGGCAGAAGCAAAGUUGUCUGUGGCAGAAGGAACUCCAUCAGAGGACAGUGAGAGGCUGCAGGCCCAGCAACAUGUCCAAGAUGCCCUGUCAAGUGGCAGUGAACAGACAUUUAGCCGUUUUCAUUGCAGAGAAGUGGAAACAGGUGUUCAGCCUCUCGUCCAGUCUCCAUUUUCCUUUGAGGAGGUGGCUGUGUGUUUCACCGAGGCUGAGUGGGCUCUGCUGGAUCUGGGCCAAAAAGCUCUCUACAGGGAAGUCAUGCUAGAGAACUAUGGGAGUGCGGCCUUUUUGGCAGGGGAUGAGGAGGAGGAGGAACUGCAUUACUUAUUGCCAGAUGAAGUCAAGAAGUCAGAUAACUCCAUUCCUUGCCUAGGUGGGAAUUUCCAAGAAGUAAUUCACACGUUGGAGGAAACAUACAAGUGCUUGGAGUGUGGAAUGAACUACAGAUCAAAACUUGUGCACCAAAAGAACCACUCAGGAGAGAAACCUUCUGAAUGCUCAUGGUGUGGAAAGAGAUUCAGUCACAGUAGCACUCUUCAAAUGCAUUUAGGAACCCAUGUAGGGGAGAAGUCUUUUGAAUGCUCAGAGUGUGGGAAGAAAUUUAUUGACAGUAGCAGUCUUCAAAAACAUCUAAGAACCCACACAGGGAAGAAACCUUUUGAAUGCUCAGAGUGUAGGAAGAGAUUCAGUCGCAAUAGUAGUCUUAAAGACCAUCUAAGAACCCAUGCAGGAGAGAAGCCUUUUGAAUGCUCACAGUGUGGGAAGAGAUUCAGUCGGAGUUCCCAUCUUAAACAGCAUCAAAGAACCCACACAGGAGAGAAGCCUUUUGAAUGCUCUAAGUGUGGGAAGAGAUACAGUCAGAGUGGCACUCUUCAAUAUCAUCUAACAACCCACACAGGAGAGAAACCUUUUCUGUGCUCUGUGUGUGGGAUGAGAUUCAGUCACAGUAGUGGUCUUCAGAGUCACCUAAGAACCCAUGCAGGGGAGAAGCCUUUUGAAUGCUCAGAGUGUGGGAAGAAAUUCAGUCAGAGUGGGACUCUUCAAAGGCAUUUAAGAACCCACACGGGGGAGAAGCCCUUCGAAAGCUCAGGGUGUGGGACGAGAUUUAGUCACAGUAGCACUCUUCAAGAACACUUAAGCACCCAUGCUGGGAAGAAGCCUUUUGAAUGCCCAGAGUGUGGGAAAAGAUUCAGUCACAGUGGCAAUUUUAAACAGCAUCAAAGAACCCACACAAAGGAGAAGUCUUUUGAAUGUUCUGAGUGUGGGAAGAGAUUCAAUCAUGGUAGCCAUCUUCAAAUUCAUCUGAGAACUCACACAGGGCAGAAGCCUUUUGAAUGCUCAGUGUGUGGGAAGAAAUUCCGUCACAGUAGCACUCUCCGUAAUCAUCUAAGAACCCAUACAGGUGAGAAGCCCUUUGAAUGUUCAGAAUGUGGUAGGAGAUUCAGUCACAGUAGCACUCUUCAACAGCAUCAAAGAACCCACACAGGGGAGAAGCCCUUUGAAUGCCCAGAGUGCAGGAAGAGAUUCAGUCACAGAUACAGUCUUCACAGUCAUCUAAGAGCCCACACAGCAGAGAAACCUUUUGCAUGCUCAGAGAGUGGGAAGAGAUUUAGUCAGAGUAACCAUCUUCAACAGCAUGAAGGAUUCCACAGAGAGCAGAAACCUUUUGAAUAGAAAUUCAGUUAGUGCGGCUACCUUCAACAGCAUCUAAGAACCCACACAAGGAUAAGCCCAAAGAAGAAUGUGGAACUCUGAUGUCAAAGUGUUCUGAGGAUAUGACAUAAUUGUCACUUUGAAUGACUGGGUUAUGUGUGGCCAGGUAUCAGAGAUACAAACUUUAGAAAAGACAUAGGCAAACCCAAUUAAUGAUAUUUUUGCUCAAUAUGCAAAGAUGCUUAGAGAAACUUUUCCCCUCACUCCUCAGCAGAAGUAGUCCUCUUCCCUCUCUGAAAAUACACUUCCUCACUACUACAUUUCAACAGCAACUUUUUUCUCCACAACUCUGGAAGCAUUUUUGUGUAUGAAAGUGGGUUUCUUCCCCAUUUAGAGAGGUUUGCUCUGAAACAUACACAUAGAAGGUAAACUCUCUCACGAACUUGAGCCACUGCCCUCGGUGCUAGCUCAUGAACCCUUUAACAGAUUCAUCAGCCACCUGCCAAUGAUUAGACCUCCCACAGCAUGCCUUUUCUCCCAUAAGCUGUGAUUCAUCCACACCAAGCUACUUGUCAAGAAACUGGACCUAUAGUUUAAUUUCUUGUUCUUUCAUCAGUUCAGGCCACGCAUUAAUCUGUUGGCCUGCCAUAGGAGGAGAGAUCAAAUGGAAAACAUCUAGCUGAUGAUAUCGAAGAGUUGGCAAAUCAGCCUUGUGACCUCUGAAUAACAAUUCAGGUACAGAUACGAACCAUUUGUUUACCAGGACAGGACUUUGUGUCAGUGCAUCUCACACGCCUCCAAUUGUUGCUGCGAUUCACACUACAUGAAGGGAUGGGUUAGAUUGCUGAUAACCUGUCCCCCUCUUCAUAAAGUAGGCCUCCUCCUGAACCAUCUGUUUUUAAAAUUUUAUUUACCAAGCACAAGAGAAUACAUAUAAGUUCCAUACAAAAAAAUCAACCAGUUAGCCCAUCUACUCCCAACUACUCCUCCACUUGCACCUGCUGGAAUAGCCUUGGGUCAACCAUAGAUCUGGCUGAGGUUGUUCUUGAAAGGGCAGCUACUGUGAGAGUCCUCUCAGCCUCACCCACCUCACAGGGCAUCUGUUGUGGGGAAGGAAGAUAAAGGAGAUUGUGAGCCGCUCCGAGACUCUGAGUGGAGAGCAGGAUAUACGUAAAUCCAAUUUCUUCUUCUUCAUCAUCUGAGUGCAAGUAAACCAUCAAAACAUUCAACCUUCGACAAAGGGAAAAAAGAUAGGUGGCCAAGGAAGAACUAGAAAAAGAUCAUAUCUUUGUAAAUUUAAUUGUUCAGAAUUAUAUCCUGUUCAGACAGAAAUGGCAUUAGUGGGAACCAAGUGGCAACAAAGUUAUUGUAAGCUCUCUGAGUAUGGUUGCAUAGUGCCAACAGUAAUCUUUGCUGUAACAAAAUAAGACCAAAUGUGACUAAACCAGGUAUGGAUGUGGGGUGGUGAAGGAUUUUUCCAAUGAGCAGCUAUAGUAUUUCUUGCUCUAGAAAGUUGACUAGAGAUUAGUUUGUUAUGCUCUUUAUUUCCUACCAUGGGGUUUUGGUAGUCCAAUAAAAAGACCUCAGGGAGAAAAUUGGACUUUACACCUGUAAUUAAAAGAAUAUUUUGAUGAAUCUGUUUCCAAAAAAGAUUCAUUGAUUGGGCAAGACCACCAUAUGUGGAGGAAGUUACCCAUCUGACCACUUUUCCUGGCACAACAAUGGGAGUUUAUUUAAAUUCUAUGGAGUUGAGCCAGCAGUAAAUAACAAUGGGUCGUGAUUUUUUUUUAAAGUUUUAUUAAGUUUUCAAGAAAGAAAAUAGGGUAGAGUGGGGAAUGGAAAUAAGGGAUAGAGGUUAAUAUACAUACAGUAGGUAAAUAUUUCUACUAAUAUGAUUAUCUAUUACAUUCUAUGAUCUAAUCUACCAUUAGAUACAGUAAAUUUUACAUACAACUCUAGUAUCAUCUACUAAUUUUAUACCCUAUUACAAAGUAUAUCCUGUGACUUUCUAUACACCAAUAAUGCUCUUCAUAUCCAAAAGUUUACUUCAUAGUUGUUUCUGUCUUCUCACAGUAUUAUCAUAUUCAAGACUGGUAACAAUAAAGGUAAUCAAUUGCUCCUUA